ACUGGCUUCGUUCCACUACCUCCCGCCCGUCAUAAUUAAAAUCCAGGGCCAACUGCCAGCUUGAGAUAUUGCCAACAAUCCCACGCAUAUUCCGCCCACAAAUACCCCUAGCCAAUUGCAACACAAAAUCUUCCAAGGGUACGAAGCUCCAAAACUACCAGCGCAACACUAUCAACAAAACAAAAUCCCCUCAAAGGCCGCCAUGAACAUCAACGACCUGAACAACAGUGGGCCCUCGUCCGCGGACCAGACCGCGUCCAUGUCCGCAGCCGCCGCGUACGCUGCCGCCCAGGGCGACGCCGCCGCGGCGAGGCAGAUUGCGUCGGGUCAGUGGAGCACUAAACGGAUGCAGGAGGAGUUCGACCAUGCCAAGGCAGGACUCGUCCAUAAGGACUUUAAGCCCACCGACUAUCCUGAUCCUCUGAGGCCACGUCACGGCUUCAAGAAUCCGUACGCGGGCAAAUAUCCCCAGGAUGCCGAGAAGCAGUUGAAAGAGUUUUUGAACAGGGCUGAUGCAAAGGCGUGAAGCUUUGGUGAACCAGAAUAUGGCAAGGUUCUUCGCGUUCAGGGGUAUUGACUGGUUGAAUGCCCCGGUUAUGGCCGAGUGCCCGCUGUGAAGCUGGGCAUAGCAGGCGGACUCGAGAGCCAGACGAUGACAUGAUCACAUUGGCGUUAUGGAGUUUCGAAGGAUUUCCGUGGUUUCCUAUAGCACGAUUGCAUAUAUACACACC